AUGGAGCAGGUGCCAUCAACAGGCAAAUUGGUGAACAUCACUGUGGCAAACGGAUAUGAUUUGAAAGGCUUUAAAGGAGAUACACCAGUUACUUUUGUUCGUGCAGAAUUCAAUCAUGCAGUUCUGGGAGACUCUUCAAAAGUUACUGUUUCUUCAGAAGGAUCUGCAAAGUACAACUUCACUAGCAGUUUUGAACUCAGUCCUGAAGGAGGCAUCACUUUAGACGGCCUCGCCCACAAGCCUUUAUUCUUGACUGUGACUGAAGUUUUACCAAAGGAAAAGAAACAGAAGGAAGAGAAGACCUUAACUCUUGGUCAAGCAGUGCUGGACCUUCUCCCUUUGCUAGAAGGAGCGAGCUCAUUUGAGACGACAGUCCCAUUGCACCCUGUGCGGGGCUCACCGUUAGAAACUCCUCUGGGCUCAAAGCAAUGCAGUCUUGAUGUUAAGGUAUUUGUGGCAGAGCCCUUACUGACCCCAGCCCAGGUCUUAGGGAGCAAUCUCCUGAAGGUCACACUGGAAGCUGCCUACUCUGUGCCUGAGUCAUUCAUACCAGCAGGACCCCAGCAGAACUACAUGGUUGGUCUGCAAGUUCCAUCUGUUGGAGAGAAGGACUAUCCCAUUAUAUUCAAGAAUGGAAAUCUGAAGCUUGGAGGGGAAAGAGAAACCAUUCCCCGGCCCAAAAAAUGGCCUAUUGCUAACAUUCUGGCUCCAGGAGCUAAUAACAUUCCUGAUGCAUUCAUUGUGGGUGGUCCCUAUGAAGAGGAAGAAGGAGAACUCAACCAUCCUGAGGACAGGGAAUUUAGGAACCAAGCAGAGUGUAUGAAGAAAAGGAUCGUUUGGGACUUAGAAAGUCGCUGCUACCUUGAUCCUUCUGCAGUUGCAAGUUUUCAGAAGCGAAUUGCUGAUUGCCGGCUCUGGCCUGUAGAGCUCACAAGAGUGCCUUUGGUUGUUGUACCCAAAGGGAAAGCUGGAAGACUUGAGAAGGCAGAUGAUGAAAAUCAGCUUUCGUUUCAUGGUGUAGCUUACGUCAAUAUGGUCCCAUUAUUGUAUCCAGGAGUAAAGCGGAUUAGAGGAGCCUUUCAUGUUUACCCCUACCUAGAUAGUACAGUCUUUGAAAAGACCAAAUGUUUAUUCAGUUUGUUCAGGGAUACUGGCCAUCAUUUCAUUCAUAAUAAUAAAGUAGGAGGAAUUAAUUCUCCAUUGUCCAAACCCGUUUCUAAGAAUCUGAAAGAAGAGAAACCAGUGAGAGACAAGGAUGUAGAUGGACGGAUUCGGCCUGGGGAUCUGCAAGCACCUAGCAUCAAAUCUCAGAGUUCAGAUACACCUUUGGAAGGCGAAACUCCCCUAAGGCACAAUCCAGAAGGACAGCAAUAUUUAGAAGCAGGAACAUAUAUCGUGCUGGAGAUCCAGCUGGACAAAGCCUUGGUUCCAAAGCGAAUGCCAGAGGAAUUAGCCAGAAGGGUCAAGGAAAUGAUACCUCCAAGACCACCUCUUGCCCGGCGGAUGGGAGGAGCUCAGAAGGCGGUGAGUGAUUACCACACACAGAUCAAGAGCAUUUCUAGAGCCAUUCUGGAUGAGUAUCAUCGAAUGUUUGGAAAACAGGUGACCAAAGUGGGGAGUGAUCUAGACAGUGAGACCUUGGAGGAGCAGAAGUGCCAGCUCAACUAUGAGCUGAAUUGUUCUGGAAAGUACUUUGCUUUCAAAGAACAGCUCAAGCAUGCCGUGGUAAAGAUUGUGAGAGAAAAGUACUUGAAGACAACAGCCUUUGAAAGCCAGGAGGAACUGCAGACAUUCAUCAGUGAGCUUUAUGUAUUCUUGGUAGAUCAGAUGCAUGUGGCUCUAAACCAGACUAUGCCAGAUGAUCUCCAAGGCACUGCCUCAACGAUUCACACAAGCACUGAGCAGCUCCAACUCUUUGCAUUUGAAGCCGAAGUCAAUGAAAACUUUGAAAUGGCAGCUGUGUAUUAUGAAGAGAGACUGGUCCGUGAGCCCCAGAACCUGGAUCACUGGCUGGAUUAUGGUGCAUUCUGCCUCCUCACUGAAGACAACAUCAAAGCACAGGAGUGUUUUCGGAAAGCCCUUUCCCUGAAUGAGAGUCAUAUCCACAGCUUGUUGCUGUGUGGUGUCCUCGCUGUCUUGAUGGAGCACUAUGAGCAAGCAGAGAUUUUCUUUGAGGAUGCCACAUGCUUGGAACCUACCAAUGUUAUUGCCUGGACUUUACUUGGUUUGUUCUAUGAAAUUCAAAACAAUGACAUUCGAAUGGAAAUGGCAUUCCAUGAGGCAUUCAAACAGCUCCAGGCACAGCAAGGGAAGCAGAAGAGCACUGGGACCAUAGAGAACUUUGAGGUUGACGAGGGAGUGAAAAUGGAGUCCAGCAUAGGCCCUUGGGGAACCACAAAUGAUUCUUCCACAACAGCAAUCAAGAUGGAGGGCACAACAGGACCUGGUGCCGCAUUGUCCAGUUUAUAUGAAUUUCUUGAAGAAUCUUCUAAGCUGCAGCCUGAGUCCCAGGAGCCAAUGCUAAUUUCACAAUCUCUGGAGCCAUCUCCUGUUCAUAAAUCAUCCAAUGUGCUAUUAAAAGAGAUAACAGCAAAAAAAGAAACGUUAAAAUGCCAAGAUUCAGCAGCCUGUUUGCAUUCUGCCUCUUAUAGUGGUUCCCAAACUCCUGGCACAAUCUUCAUGGAGACCAUACGCUUCUUGAUGAAAGUCAAUGCUGUGCAGUUUGUGCACAGAGUUCUGGCACACGAGCUGUUGUGCCCUCAAGGAGGACCCAGCUGUGAGUAUUACUUGGUCCUGGCCCAGACACACCUUCUCAAGAAGGAUUUUGCCAAGACAGAGGAAUACCUUCAACAAGCAUCCCAGAUGGACUACCUGAACCCUAAUGUCUGGGGUGUGAAGGGCCAUCUCUAUUUUCUCAGUGGAAAUCAUGCCGAGGCCAAGGCAUGCUAUGAGCGAACCAUUAGUUUUGUAGUAGAUGCUUCUGAGAUGCAUUUCAUCUUUCUGCGCCUGGGACACAUCUACCUGGAAGAGAGAGAGUAUGAAAAGGCGAAGCAAAUCUACAUACAGGCCUGUAAGAGAUCACCUUCAUGCCUUACCUGGCUAGGACUAGGAAUCGCCUGUUACCGGCUGGAAGAGCUCACAGAGGCUGAGGAUGCUCUCUCUGAAGCCAAUGCGUUGAACAAUUAUAAUGCUGAAGUGUGGGCUUAUUUGGCUCUGGUCUGUCUGAAGGCUGGACGGCAACUGGAAGCUGAGCAGGCCUACAAGUACACCAUUAAGUUGAAACUGAAAGAUGAAGCUCUGCUUGCAGAAAUCCACACUGUCCAGGAAAUGGUUGGUUUUGGAAAUCCAUCUUUCUGACACCCUUUCAAGUGAAGACUUUUUGAUAUGGGACUCUGGGUAUAUUUCCGUCCCAAAUUGUCAAUAUAUGAAACCUAGCUAUU